UCUGGUCAGAAACAUGUCAGAGCUCAGCCACAAGAGGGAGACCUCCUCCCACUGUAAACCAGGUAGGGGGUUUCCCCCCUGGACAAGGUAAACUUCUCUCCUUGCGCCCAACAGCAGGGGCGCCCAACAGCAGGGGUGCCAAAAAAUGAAGCGAGGAAAAAGCCGGAGGCUGACAUUUUCUCCAGGGUGUCCGCCGCAGGGAACCCAGCGUUUGAGAGCCCCGGGGCUUUGAAAAGACAGACCACUGAGGCUUGUUUGCAGACAAAAAUCAGCAGAGUGAUCCAAGUGCAGCAACUCUAAAGGACCGAGGAGAGCUCCCCGCUUGAAUCCCAUCUGACAGCAAGUGUUGCCUGUUGAAGGGCUCUGGUCAGCCUGAAGUGAGGGGUCACUGAGCUCAGACACUCUCCUUCCAUCACACACAUAGGGGACAGUCGCACACACAGACACAUCUGCACAACGACACAUUUACAUUUAUACUCACAGACUUUUGGGUACACACAAGAACAGUCAUCCGUGCAUAAACGCAGACACACACUCUCUCACAGGCCCUCUGAGCAGGAUGAGGGAACCCUGGGGGUGCCUGCUGGGCCUGUGCCUCCUGGCAUGCUCAGCCUCCACUCACAGUGCCACCAACCCCUUCGCAGGGCAGCAGACCCCUCCAGACCCUUGCUACGACGACACAGGCGCAGCCCGCCGCUGCAUCCCUGAGUUUAUUAAUGCAGCCUUCGGCAAGGAGGUGAUGGUGUCCAGCGUCUGUGGCCGGCCACCGUCCCGCUCCUGCAGCGUGGUGGAGCGGGGCGACGAUCGGCCUUCUGUGCGCACAUGCCAAAUCUGCGAUGCAGCUGACCCUCGGCGUGCGCACCCUGCGUCCUACCUCACUGACCUCAAUUCAGCCCACAACCUCACCUGCUGGCAGUCAGAGAAUCUGAACACCUCGCCGCACAACGUGACUCUCACCCUUUCACUGGGUAAAAAGUUUGAGAUCACCUACGUCAGCCUGCAGUUCUGUUCACCACGACCUGAGUCCCUGGCCAUAUAUAAGAGCAUGGACUAUGGCAAGACCUGGAUGCCCUACCAGUUCUACUCCUCACAGUGCCGGCGUAUGUACAACCGACCCAACAAAGCAACCAUCACCAAGCAGAACGAACAGGAAGCUCUAUGCACAGAUGGCCACACUGACCUCUACCCGCUGUCUGGAGGACUCAUCGCUUUCAGCACUCUGGACGGACGGCCCUCAGGCAAAGACUUUGACAACAGCCCUGUCCUUCAGGACUGGGUGACUGUAACCGACAUCCGAGUGGUCUUCAGCCGGCCGCAGCUGCCCCGAGAGCUGGGACUGGGGGCUGGAAGCAACAGCGGAGGGAGGGACGAUGACCCUAUGGCGGUGACAUCCGCACUGCCAACUUAUUUCUACGCAGUGGGAGACUUCCAGGUGGGCGGGAGGUGUAAAUGCAAUGGACACGGCUCACGCUGUCUGAAAGACAAGGAAGGCAAACUGGUGUGUGAUUGCAAGCACAACACCGAGGGACCCGAAUGUGACCGCUGCAAGCCCUUUCACUAUGACCGGCCGUGGCAGAGGGCCAACGCCCGCGAGGCCAACGAGUGUCUGCCUUGCAACUGCAACCUCCAUGCCCGUCGGUGUCGAUUUAACAUGGAGUUGUAUAAGUUGUCUGGAAGGAAGAGCGGAGGUGUCUGCAUGAACUGCCGCCACAACACCGCAGGCCGCCACUGCCACUACUGCAAGGAGGGCUUUUACAGAGACAUGGCGAGACCGAUUACUCACCGACGAGCCUGCAAAGCCUGUGACUGCCACCCUGUGGGCGCAGCAGGCAAGACAUGCAACCAGACCACGGGCCAGUGCCCCUGCAAGGACGGCGUCACCGGCAUCACCUGCAACCGCUGCGCCAAGGGCUACCAGCAGAGUCGCUCACCCGUAGCCCCCUGCAUCAAAAUCCCAGUGGUCAACCCCACAGCUGUGGUGAGCAGCACAGAGGAACCAGCAGAUUGUGAGUCGUAUUGUAAACCAGUGAAGGGCAACCUGAAGAUCAACAUGAAGAAAUAUUGCAAAAAGGAUUAUGCGGUGCAAGUGAAUGUGCUUGACAUGGAGACGGUGGGGGACUGGGCUAAGUUCUCUGUUAAUUUGGUGUCGGUAUACAAGAGCCGUGGCGAGCCAUUGAAGCGGGGCGACAACAUCCUGUGGGUGCACAUGAAGGACCUGGCCUGCAAAUGUCCCAAGAUCCAGAUGAGCAAACGAUUCUUGGUGAUGGGUGGCAGCGACGGGACGGGCCCAGGAACGGGUCCAGGAGUCGGGCCUGGGGGCGGAGCCACCAGUCCCGGGGCAGAGCGCGUUGGCUUGGUGGCUGAUAAGAACAGCCUGGUGAUCCAGUGGAGGGACGUUUGGACAAGACGCCUGAGGAAGUUCCAGCGCAAAGAGAAGAAGGGGAAAUGCAGCAAAGCGUGAUGGGAAAGCGAAGUUACCUCUCCCUCCAUUGUCCCACCCUUACCUAGCCAUCCCCCUCUCUACCCCAUCACAGAAACACUGCACAUUAGAAAGACUGCAUGUACCCUACCUGUUUUAAGGACCACGUUUUGUGUAUAUUGUAUAAUUAUUUUCCUUUUUAUUUUUCAAGUUUUGUCUUUAUGUCUUUUUUGUCCAAUUGGUUUGCCUUAAAAAGGGACCAUUAAAAAGGGUAUGAAGUGUAGACAAAAGCAGACGCCAUUCCCUCCCUUAACGACGACAGCGGACAUGUCCACUCGUCCCCUGCCUAUGACCCUUAGCCUCCUCUUCCCAUCAAGACUGACUGUCUCCUGCCAUUCUGUUUUUCGACAUAUGCCGCACUUCACACGCUCCUCUGAGGAUUUUACCCAACAGUGUUUGUCACUGACUGAUUUCAGCAACAAGACAAGCUGCACAUCCUCAGCUUGGCCGCCUCACGUUUCAUUGUUGAAACAACUCGGAUCAGCUCGAGCUGGACCUCCUGACAUGACAACCUUUCAACAUUUGCUGUUAAAAUGUUCAUAAAAAUGGGGCCUACUUGUUUUAGGUCUCUGCAGCAACUUCUACAGACUGUAACUACCAAACUUUUGUCCCGUGAGGAACCAAGGGCUCCCUUUGCAGGGACGUUUUCCACAGCAAACCUCAGUCUCACCACCACUGCUGCUGCCACCAGACAGUCCUCACAGAAUAAACUGCUCUCAUAUCUGCAAGUAUUUGACGCCACUGCUCAUAAGGUUAUAUUCUUUGUGUGGUUACAUUUUAUCUCAUCCAUCCAUAUCCCAGCCGUAUCCUUUUUUUGAGAUAUAUCCUUUUGUUUUAAGCAGAACAAACCCCUUAGCAUGUGUGAGUCACAUUCCAGGCCUCCGGGGCUGUGCCUCCUCACCACCAGCCCCUCUCAUGAGCGGUUUAUAAAAUCAUGCAUCACCAUCAUGACUCAUUGGUUGUCACUUUUUCUGGAAGACAGAUUAAGCGGUGUGGACAAAUGGCUGGAAUUUCAGAACAAUACCAAUAUUUCCAAGGAGACUUUUUUGGUUUUGGCUUUAUGGAUAAUGUCUUCCGCUGGGUAGUGGCCUUCCAGAUGUUUCUGUGUGGCCAAUGUCAUUUCUUUGUAUUUAAAUCUCUGAACAUUUUCCUGAUGUGUCCAGUGACUGGCAGGCUUUUGUUUGCCGAAAUAAGAGAUUGAAACGAGAGUUCCUUUUCAUGCAGUAAAAAGAAAACAAAGUGGGAUAAACAACGCAGUCGUGUUUCUCUCGGGUGUAUUUUGACAAAAUGAAUGAGGCUGGAAAGUUUUUAGUGCUCACUGAUUGUAUUAUGACAUGAGAGGAUCAUAUUUCAUUCCUCAUGUGCUUUGUUAUGUUUGCAUGUUUGUGGUUUUUGCUGGUCCAUCAAAACCGUACAGUGAGCAGAGCAAGGACUAAACUUAAAAUGAGCAUUGAGAUCCAAAGGAAAACUUCCCAAGUCAUCUUCCCCCCACUUGCCUCCCCUCACACAGUCCCUGUCAUCCUUUGCCAAAUAAGCAUAGUCGGUUUUUAAAUUCAAUUAAGAGACUAUGGAAGUCAGGACCAACGAAAACCACAGAGAGACCCGUCUGUUUGCUCUCAAGCUUUUUAUCUGCCUUUUGCUGUUAUUUCAUUUUGUAAAGCACAUUACAAUUUAUUUAAAUAGAGUACAAGAUAAACACACAGUUUUGAGGGGCACAUCAAGCCAGCGUAGCAGCGAGUGUGCCGACAGGCAUGUCAUGCUAGCGAGUGGUUACGCUCCUCUGGCUGCAGCCGUAUGUUUGGUUUGUCAUUCUUCCAAAAGUGUCUCUCCUCUGCUCUCUUCUCUCUGUCAGCCACCACCCUCCCCAGACUCUCUUUUUUUAACCCGUUUUUGCAUGUUGUGUAUUCAGUGUCUUAGAUAAGUGACAGCACAGAACGAGGCUGCCAAAACUCCUCAGUGGUUUACUGUUCUGCACUGUAGCUUGUGUUUUCACAUCUUCUGAGAAUGUAUGUCAAACUGUGAAGAACACACACACGCAGGUGUAUGGUCUGAUUGUAAUUGUUUGUGAAAUAAUGUCACCAAGCUUAAGAAUGUGGACACCAUAAAAGCUGAUGCUAUUUUAAACUCCGAACAGGAUACUGUUCAGCAUGAUUGUGGAUCGUUAUGCUUAUUUGUCUGUCUAGUUAUGAUAUUCGAUUACCAAAAAACAACCAUAGACUGUAUAUAAAGACGGACAGCAUGUCUCCAUUUUCUCCCACUGUAUAAAAAUUAAACCAAAAUAUCCCAGAUAUGGCCGUUUCCAUCUUGCGCUAUGCUGUUCUCAUGCAAUGUCUGGACACCUUGUAGGAAAAGUAAUGACCGAUUAAUUCGCAUUUUGGAAAGCUGUGAUCAAGUAAAAAAUACGCUGAUGUAAAUAAAGAAGGAAUGCAGUCUGGAGUGGUCCAGAGGCAGGGAGGCAGGUAGGGGCAGUGGAUGGGUCUAGAAACACAGGAGUUGCCCCCGGGACUUUCCACUGGAAGAUCGGUGUUCAGAACAGUGUAAAUUUUAAAUAAACUUUGAGUCUUUUUAAGGAAAAUUGUCACCAUGUUUCCUAACCUAACCAAAGUAACUUUACAUUAAUUAUGUAACUUGACGAGAAGGAUGUAAUGUCAUUUGUGGGCCCUUAAUUUGUAGAAUAUGAACUUUUGUGUGUGCAUAUUUGUGGGAUGUUAUACAAACCAUUGUAUAAGAAUAUCUGCUGUUGUCAUGCACAUUUCCCAACAAAAAGCAAUUCUGCAAAAAAUUGGAGCAAAUCCCACAUUAUUAUGAGCCAGUAAUUCAUGCAUAAUUCACGUAUUUAAGAGGGCUGCAAUUACUUUAUCAGUGAGCUGACAGUUGUAAAGAAGGAAAAGGUUGGGGUGGUGGAUGGGUCAAAAAACACAGUACUUACCCGUCCACUGUUUGGAACCAUGUAAAUUUUCAUUUUAUGGUAUAUCAUCACCUUGUUUUUUUUCCUAACCCUAACAUACUUAAUUUAACUUAGCUUAACAUUACCUUCAUAACUUUACGUCGAGCACAUAACUGUGUGUUAAGUUUGUAAUGUCAUUUGUUGGGCACCUAUUCGUAGGAUAUAUGAACUGUUGAAUGAGGAUACAAUGGUAUGUGUGUAUCUGUGGUAUCAAGUUCCAGCCCACACACCCGUCAAACCAAUUGGGAGCAGCGCCAAUGAUUGCGAGCACACCAAUUGGCAAACAUAACUGUCAGUCAUGACUUCAAACCCUCUUUUCAAAGCACUAAAUAACUUGUUUAAACCAGAUUAUCAGAAAGAUUAACAAUUGAACAUACACCUGUGUAAUAAGAACUACCUAAAAUGAUAGAAACUAUCUUUAGGAAAAAAAUUAUUUGACAUUUGCUCUCAUCUUUUGUUUGACCCGGGGGGCGGGGUUUGUGACCUAUACAUAUACCGCUAUAACUACGAUGUUUUGGAUUUACUUUUAGGAAGCUGUCAUGCCGUCCAUCUUUAAAUACAGUCUAUGAAAACAACCCCCACCUAAAAUGGGUUAUCACCCACCGUGAUUUCUGGUGUGUGACUGAAGCGCAAAAAAGGACAAAAAAAACAAAAAACUUGACAGCACCACACCCAGGGCACAAUUCCCACGAUCGGAAUUCCACAAAAAUGCAGAACCAAACAGUCGAUUAUUUGUGUGUUGGCUGUCCGCAGUGGCCCGUCAGACAGGUGGUGUUACAGUAGCACCAGUCUCCUCACCCUGGUAUGCGAGUACGUAGUGACACGUUAUGAUUGAUGGUCAAAUAACGUGCCUGUGAGGCCUCUCUGGUGCUCAACUUCCUAAGCGCCCAACACACUCCCGGAGAAACUGCCUUGAAUCUGGGCACAAAAUCCCUCUUUUCUUACUGUCGGCUUUUCCUUUUCUUAAGUGCCCACCCUGAAUGUUGGAAUAAAGAUAAGAAGUAAGAGUGAGCCAGAUGUUGUUUGGGGGGUGGAAAUCUUGUGAAAGCUAUUUAGUGAGCCUCAUAGGGCGAGCCGUCCUGUUGUUUUACAUUAACAAGCCCAGCAGCUUGGCAGUGGAACUGAGGCCAUAACUGCUUUGUUUUGUUUCCCCUACCUUUGCAGCAUUUAUAGCAUUCACAGGUGUGUUUGUGUAUGUGUGUGUGUGUGUGUGUGUGUGUGUGUGCUUGUGUGUGUCUAAUUAACCUUACGCGAGUAUACAAGUGAUAUGCACAUUAACGUGAAGGUGCAGAGAGUUGAGAGAGUUCUCAUUUGACAGCAGUUUUGCCACCGUUUUUAUGUUUGCAUAGACGAGUCUGAGCAGCCUAUGAUGAAGGAUCAUACAUUUCCCCUGGCCUGAUUUCUUUCUGGUUUGCUUCCAUCUCGCCUUGUUAAAUAGGUCUUGACACAUUU